ACCUGUGAUAAAUAGAAUCUGAAUAGGUUGUUAGAGCUUCUUCAAUUGAUAGGAGUGAAUUGAUUGUACGAGAGUCAGUCAAUUCACUGUUUUGUACUGGAAUUUGUUUCCAGUAGUGGAGUUAUGUGUUUAUUGCCUUAGCAUUUUGUCCUAGUGAAGGCUAGUCGUCUGCCAGAUAGUCUGUCUAAGAGGGCUUGGGCAGCUUAAGAGAUUCCAAGCUAUUUUCGAAUCUCCCGUAGUCUAAUCAACAGUGAAUCAACCAAAGGGAACUACAACUUGAACCUAACUAAAGAGCUAGGUGGACUCAUUCCCGAGUGAAUCUUCUCUUGCUUUAAAAAACCAGACAAUUUACUGCUUUCUUUUUGCUAUAGUUUAAACUCAUUUUCACUCGACUUUCCCCGCUAGAUAAUACAUAAUCAUGGAGCAGGCAGUACAUCUAGGCCUCGGGUUGACAUUUUAUUACUUGAUUCCACCAUACUGCAUUUCUAUUCUGCGAUUACACUUGGUCGCAGUUUGGUGUUGUGUCCUAGCGAGCCAAUUUUUUGCGUAGUUUUCAGGGACUCUAGAUUAUUGGAGAAACGUGAAAUUCUGUUACUUUAGCAUUCACUUUUCUGAAUUUUCUCUCUUCCAUCUGUGUGCCUUCAUAGGUUGUGUUUGCAGUCUGUGUGCAGGUAGUGCAUAACCCGUAGUCAGUCGGAAGAUCUACUGCCAUUGGACAAGGAGCUUGAAAGGACCUAUCGUUACUUUAAGAGAGCUUUAAAGGCACGACUGGAUGCGGAGUAAGCUCUAGCUCAGCUGAACAUCAACUGGGAGGAGGAAAUGGGUGAACCUACGCUGACGUGGCGAUUGUCCCCGAGGAGCAUACCAUGGAAUACUACUGGACCACCAGAGUCGUAGACAUGAGGUCCCCCAUCCAACACCCUCAAGUAGCUGCCAACAACUUUGAGAUGAGCACCUCUAUUAUCGCCAUGCUGUGAGGUUCAGUGGUGUUCUAUGGGAAGACAGGAGAGUGCCCCCGAGCGCAUCUGGGGCAAUUCCAUGAGCUAAUUGAUGGAAUAAAGAUUAAUGGGGUCCCUCAAGAUGCCAUUCGGUUGCGUUACUUUCCUUUCACUUUGGAGGGACCGGCCAAGAAGUGGAUGGACAGCCGGGCCCCGGGGUAAAUCACGACAUUCACCAAUCUGGCCAAUAAAUUCUUGACCCGGUAUCAUUCGUCGACUAAGACAACAGACCUGUAGAAAGAGAUUACACAUUUUGCUCAUGAGGAGGAUGAACCCAUUCGGGAUGCUUGGGAGAAAUACACCAGUCUCUUCCUGAAUGUCUCAAUCAUAGUUUUAAUGAUGCCUUUAAGGUGGGCACCUUUUACCGCGCUCACUUCCCUGACAAGUAGUAUUGACUCGGUCUGUGACGGGAACAUGCUGACAAAGAUGCCACCCCAGUUGAACCAACUCUUUGACAAAAUGGCAGAGCAGAGCUAUGAUUGGGGGUCUGCUAGGAGGUUUAGGAGAGCACCAAGCCGGGGUGUGCAUGCCGUGGACACCAAGUCAUCUGAGUUGGUGCAGGUUGUCUCUAAACUGGUCAUGCAACAGGAUAAAAUGGGAUGAUUUUCGGGACAGGAAAACAGCAGGCCAUGCAUUGCCAGUAGUGCGAGAGUAGCCACCACAUGGUGGAAGACUGAUAGGCGAUGAGGGGGUCUACUACACCCCAAGAGCAGGUGGACUUCGUCAGCAAUGCUCAGCGUUUCGACCCUUACAGCAAUACAUAUAACGAGGGGUGGCGCCAACAUCCUAACUUUUCUUGCGGUGGUAGUAAUCUUAAGCCACCAGUCACCCAAGGACCACCUGGUUUCCAGCAACUCCCAUACCAUACCAGCCCGGGCAGGGACAGUUCUAGCAACAGCAGCCUCUUUAUCCACCCAAACAGGGACAAGCACUUCCUCAUUCGCAGCCGAGACCAUUUCACUAGCCGGGCACAGUUUCUGCAACCUAGUGCAGCAGGAUCUGAUGGCUAAAUUGAGGGAUUUGGUGGGUUCUCUUUCCAGUUCCAAUUCUCAUAAAUUCAAAAAUAUAGAGCAGUUCAUGGAUAAGGCUUCUAGCAAGUUCCUGGCUCUUGAAACUGGCUAGAGGAAUACACUGGCUGUUUUGCAGGAUAUCCAGACCUAGUAGGGGAGUGUGGCUCAGGCACUAGCACAGAGGGCUCCAGGUACCUUACCUGGUCAGACCAUUCCUCACCCGUAGGACCCAAAUGAGCAUUGCAAGGCCAUCACAACCAGGAGUGGCAGGGCAACUGCUGACCCACCUGUUUGGGCCAGACAGGAGGAGGAGAGACUUGCUUCAACACUUCCAGCAAAGGAGGGCGAGUCAUUCCCGAGUGACUCUUCUCUUGCUUUAGAAAGCCGGACAAUUUACUACUUUCUUUCUGCUUUAGUUUCAACUCAUUUUCACUCGACUUUCCCUGCUAGAUAAUAGAUAGUCACAGAGUAGGCAGUACAGCUAGGCCUCGGGUUGACAUUUAUUACUUGAUUCCAUUAUACUGCAUUUCCAUUCUGCAAUUACACUUGGUCGCAGUUUGGUGUUGUGUCGUAGCGAGUCACUCUUAUUUUUCUUUGCGCAAUUCGUGAUUGCGUGAUUACUUUGCAAUUAGUUUUGCUCUUUGUUUUUCUUUUGCAUAGUUCAUGAUUGUGCGGUUACGUUGCAGUUUAUUGUUCCGCACAUAAUGAACAAAUUUAAAUUAGGCUUGCCAAUGUUGACGAUGUCUUUGUUAUUAAUCUUUAACUGACGCAAGUACAAUUUUAUGAUACAUCAAGAAGCAGGAUAGUAUUUUCUAAGGUUUUGUGCAUUCCAAGUCCUUGGAACUUUGGCUCCGCUUAACUCUCAUAGCUUGAAAUUAUUAGCACCGAUAACCUUGCAGAUUAAGUACAAUCCUUCCAUGUGGAUGCCAACUUGCCAUGCUUAGGGUUUGAAGGAAAAUUCUGCCUCAAGACUUGAUCUCCCAAUGUCAAAUUGUGGGGGACUAGUUUCACGUUGUAGUAUUUUGUGACCUGGUCCUGCAGCUGCUUCUAGUUUGAUGGAUGCUAACUCGCGUCGCUCAUUUUCUAACUCCAGGAUAAUUAGCCGCGCUUCGUCGUUGUUCUCUUUGUCGAACAUUGUGAUUCGAUAUAUGGGCGUCAUUGUUUUGAUGGGUAUGACAACAGUUGUGCCGUAGGUCAGUGCGAAUGGAGUUUCGCCUGUGGCUACCUUGAAUGUAAUGCGGUACGCUCACAGCAGCGUGUGCAGCUCUUCUGCCCAAGUGCAUUUUUCCUUUCCGAGGCGGGCAUGUAGACCAUGUAGGAUUGCUUUGUUCGCCGACUCUGCUUGACCGUUUUCUUGGGGGUAUGCUAUUGAGGCAAAGCGGGCUAUUGUUCCCACAUGAUCACAAAAGUCAAUCACUUCGGCACAAUCAAAUUGUUUCCCAUGGUUGAAUGAGCGAAUUCGGGACUCUGAAGCGCGUCAGUAGAUUAUUCUUCAAGAAGCAAACUACUUGUUGUGUGGUGAUUGACGCUAGUGCCUCUGCUUCAAUCCACUUAGUGAAGUAGUCGAACGCUACAAUGAUGUACUUGCACUUGCUCUUUGCUGCUGGAAAGGGACCCAAGAGGUCCACUCUCCAUUGCGCGAACGGCCACGAGCUCAAGUUGCAUUAGAGUUUCACUGAUGGUAAAAGGUGUUGUCGCACAUUCACUUGGCACUUGUGGCACUAGUCUACGAAUUUCUUUGUGUCUUUCUUGAUUCUAGGCCAGUAGUAUCCGUGCAAUAAGAUGAUACGCUUCAU